AGUCUACUGCCUCGAGUAUUAUGAUAUCUAGUCUGUGGCCACAGACCUUAGUAAACAUUUAAAUUAAAUAACAGAACACAGUUCAGAGCUACAGUGCGCGGGCGACGGACGUGCUUUAUUUUUAAAUUGUUUGUGUAAAAUUGUACUCGCGUAAAUAUGAAAAUUACGUUACUUCUGGUGGCAGUGUGUCUGGCGGUCAGUCUAGUGUCAGCUGUCAGCAUAAAGUCUGACAGACGACACGUGCUCAUCAACAAGCCCAAGAUAGAUGAGUUUGGGUCUCGAGCUAAGAGGUCUCCGUGGCCUUGGGCGAGGCCUGGGGGCGGCGUCAAAGGUGGAGUCAAAGGUUACAAUCCUGCUGAUGCGCCACCUAGCGAGCUGGAAAUGAAAGUGCGUAAGGGUGAAUACGUCUGCGGCAAUAGGAUAUGCAAAUUGGAGCCGGGAGUCGAACCAGUUGGGUGUAACGGCAUCUGUCAAUAUGCUAUCGCUAAAUAAAGUCAUUUAAGA